CCAUUACCUUUGUACCACUUCGGCCACAGCUUCUUCCACAACGUAGGCCAGCAUAUAUAGCUGGCCCUUCCAACAAUAGCUCAUCUGAUUACCAAACAUACCAGAAUCCCACCCCAAUAUGAAUACACUGGCAUUUGAACGUGCACCAGGUCCAUCGCGGCGUAACAAUCGUCGGUCAAAUCUUACGUCAGGAGAUGUACCACCAAACUCAAGAAAUGGUCAGCGACGCAAGAAAUCACGCUCUCCGGACGCGUGGAAUUCUCGCCUCCAAGUUACCGCGCAGAGAUCUGAGCCAGUUCAACCCGAAGGAGCAAAGAAAAAGAAAUCGACAGUUCCCCUACCUUUCGAUAGCAGGCCCUUUCUUGCACCACUGGACGAUACCAAUUUUGAGAGAGGUCGCAAGUACAAGUCUAAAUCACGUCAGCAAGGUCGCCAGGCAGUGGAGCACCCUGCUACUGCGUCGGCUCUUGCCAUAGAGAACAAGCCUAAGAAAGAUAGGUCCAAGUCGAGAGACUCGGCCUACAGACAGAUUUCGAAGGUCUCGGGAUCCGAUUCUGAGGGUGUGCAGGCGCUCGUGGGCCUUCACCUCGAAUACCAGGGUCCGCUCGCAGCCGCUGAAUUUGCUAAGCUCAAGCGAGAAAUUGAAACGUGGAAGAAAGUGGCUCUCGACAAUAAGAAGACAAUUAAGAAGCAGAAUAAGAUAAUUGAAGAGCUUCGCGAGAAAGCAAGUGUAAAUGAGAAGAAAUUGAAGGAGACGGAAAGUCAAGUGAGCAAGGCACAAAACAGGGUGAAGAAGUCCGAAGAUGCCAUCAAUAAUGUCGAAACGAGUGUUCAAUGCCAAAUUUGCAUGGAGCUGUUACUCAAACCAUAUGCGUUGUCACCAUGUGGCCACGUUCUUUGUGUUUCAUGUCUACAGGAGUGGUUCAAGAAAGCACCCCCCGGCGACGAUGAAAUGUACGACGACGACGACCCUGAUUUCUUGCUUUUUCGAAAGAAGACCUGUCCAUGCUGUCGUGGUAAUAUUCGUAAUCGACCCAUUCCCGUUUUCAUCGUCAAAUCCAUUGCAUCCGCAUUGUUGAAGGCUCGAGGAACAUCUCCCAAUACUUCAUUAUCCACUACUGGAUCUCCUGCCGCUGACACGGAUCCAUGGGAAGGUUUAUUCCCGCCUGACGACGAAAUAGAGGACUAUGGGAGCGAUGACGACAACGACGAUGAUGAUGAAGUAGACGAUGAUUGGCUUGAUGAAGAUGUCUUCAGUUACGGUACGGGCAGUGAUGAAGACACAUAUGGUGGCGACUACGUUUUACCUCAGUGGGAACCACCAGCAACCAUGAUCGACGAAGAGGACUAUCUCUUCGACCAUUUGAGCCACAAUGACCUCAACGUCCUUCGACGCGGUGCUACGCUUGCUAUGCUUCAUGAAUAUGACAUGUACUAUGUACAUGAUGAAGGACUUAUCGCGCACGACGAGCUCAGCAAUCGCAUCUUCCUCGGGUGGAAUAUUUCCCUCAGCGCCGAUGAUGAAGAUGGUUCAAGGUACAUUGAAUGGGUCACGCAGGACAUGGAUGAGCGCCCGGAGCGCUGGAAGAUGAUACAUCUUGAAAAUAAUGGGAAGUACGAGGCACAUCGGCUCAUCCCAGAGGAUGAUGUGUGUGAUUAUAGUGACAGCGACUCUGAACAUUACGUGGCAGAGUCUGACGUUGACUUCUAAUACUACACUACCCCUUCAGCAAGCUAUCAUAUAUUUGACUCCCCUGUAUUGCCCUUGUACAUAGAUCCUUAUCCCUGUGGAUGUCCUGAUCAGCUUGCAGAUGUUUUCGACUGUCAAUUCUUAGUCAAUCGUGUACUUAGACUAUAUUUGUGAAAUUCCGUACAAUAUUAAUAUUGUAGAUUAUAGAUUUAUCGGACCUUAAGUCGCU